CCUGUCCCCUGGGGGCGGGUGUUCUGCGCCUGUCGCAAGAGGCGGAAUGAGCCGCCUGGGCCCGUGGGUGAGGCCGCGGCCCCGCGGCUGUGGGCUCUGCGCGGUGCUGCGGGGGCUGCGUCGCGUCUCGGUGGCUGCCGGCCUGCGCCGGGGCCUGGCGGGCUCCAGCACCGCCUCUGUCGCGGGCAUGGAGGAGCUGCUGAGUCGCUCCGUGCCGCCGCUGCCGCCCUACGAGACCAAGGAGAAGGCGCCGCCUCCGGCGGAGCUGCGCAGCGCGGAGUUCGUGCGGUACUACCGCGGCCUGGAGGCCGGGCCGCCCAGGGCCGAGCUCCUCACCCGCCUGGCCCGCGACUUCGGCGUGGACCAUGGCCGGGUGGCGGAGUUCAGCGCCAAGGUGCUGCAGGCCCGGGAGCAGCAGAGGGAGCUGGGGGCUCUGCUGCAGGCUGAGGACCGGCUCCGGUACUACCUCAACCCCCAGUACCGGGGUCUCUUCCAGCACCUGGGCCGCCUGGAGGGCGGGCUGCGCUUCCUGGUGGAGCUGAGGAGCGACCUGGUGGAGGGGCUGGCGACCAAAGUGAUGGACGGGCCUCAUGUCAAGGAAAUGAGCGGAGUGCUGAAGAGCAUGCUUUCAGAGUGGUUCUCCACGGGAUUCCUAAACUUGGAGCGGGUCACUUGGCAAUCACCUUGUGAGGUACUCCAGAAAAUUAUUCUGAAGCUGUGCAUCCUGUUAGGAACUGGGUUGAUAUGAAGCGUCGAGUUGGGUCAUAUAGAAGAUGCUACUUUUUUUCUCACUGUGCAAUCCCAGGAGAACCAUUGAUAGUCUUGCAUGUUGCACUAACCAGUGAUAUCUCCAGCAGCAUCCAGGUACA